GCUGAUGAUCUCUGGACGCUCUCCACCCUUGGCGGCGGCGGCGAUUACCUCCCCAACCAAUCAAGCUUGCAAAUUUUGCACUUCCAGACUCUCUGCGACUGUGUUCCCUUGGUGAUGUGCAUAGGGAAAACUUGAAGAGAGGAUGGCUACGAAUAGCCUGAAGGGUAUGAUUGCUGCAGCACUCAAUAAGGGAGUAACAGAAGCAAGGGCAAGGAUAUUUGGUCACGUACUUAACCCGACAGGUCAACGAUCUACCCACAAGCUUCUGCGCAAAAAACUCAUCGGUGACAAAGUAGCAGAGUGGUAUCCAUAUGACAUCAAGAAGGAUGAUCCUCUUAUCAUGGCUCGUCAAGAACAAGAGCGCUUGUCCAAGCUCGAAAUGCUGAAGCGGCGCGGUAAGGGACCACCUAAGAAGGGUCAAGGCAGGCGUGCAGCCAAGCGCAACAAGUAGAGACAAUGACAGUGGAAUUGUUCCUGCUAGGGCUUUAUCUUUUUGUUGUUUUUUCCUGCCUAAAGUUUAGGUUAUGGACCAGUUUCUCAUAGUUGUAACGACUUCUAUUCAUCAUAAUCGAUAUUCACUCUGAAGAUUCUUCAUUGAUAA